UUUUUAGUUAGAAUAUGCGCCUAUAACGUCUUAGUCAUUCGUUGUGCUAACUUGUUUUGAACUUUGGGUCAUGAGAUUUAUAGUCUGUUUUCACUUGGUGCAGCCCAAAUGGGAUAACUUCGAAAAUUAGCUCAGUUUGAACUUCAUAUAUGAAAUAGUUUCCUAUACAAUUUGACAUUCGAAAUGAGACAAUUUGCGAAAUUAUUGUAUUUAAGCUCUAGUGAAAAUAGGCUGAUCAAUUAAAUAAAAUAAUAGAUACAAACAAUACAUUCAUUGCAUAUAUAGUGUAAAUUCGUAUGUUCACUUUGAAAAUCUUUAAAUAACAUUCUAUGGCCGUGGGUAAACAGUGUUGUACCCAAUCACGUUCCAAUUUAGAUUUUAAGCUUUUCACUAUGUCCUCGGUUCCUCAAGCCGCUUUUGCUGUAAGAAAAUUACGGAAUUUAAACGAAAAGGAAAUGACUGUAGCUAAACUACGGAUGAAAAGCGAAAUGCCAGAUAUGAGAAAUAAUCUUGCGAACAAAAAGCUUAUAGAAUACAGCCCUGUAAAAUAUAACAGCAAGUUGAUGAAUUCCAUUUGGGGUCUAUAUAAUCGUUAUUCUCCUCAUAACAUCAAAGGAAAUGAGUAUGAAGUCGAAAACGAGGUGUUUAAUAAGCAACAGCGGUUAGCUGUUGCAUCCUAUACCAUUGAAAAGAAUUUAUCAAUGGCAGGUAAAACUGGAGACGAAUGGAACUUCCCUUAAAAAUCAAAUUAAAUUACUAUCAUUUGAAAAUAUGUACAAUAAAAAACAUUUUGUUUUCUUUA